UUUCAUUUAAUACUUUAAGAGCAAGCGAAACAUGAAGUUCUCUAUAUUAACAUUAUUAGUCUUAAUUACGAGUGCAAUCGUUACGGCAAAAUUAAUAAAAUAUCCUGAAAAUUAUCAAAUUCCACAGAAUCGAGUAGUAGGCGGCAGUGUGGCUGAAGAUGGAUUGGCACCUUAUCAAGUAUCGCUACAAAAUCAAUUCGGUCAUACUUGUGCUGGUGCUAUUAUUGCUGCCGAAUGGAUUUUAACGGCAGCACAUUGUGUAGUCUUCAAACAGCCUGAACAGAUCUUAAUUAUGACGGGAAGUCAAAAUCUAUCACAUCCAGGCGUUUUUUAUCAUGUAGAUCACGUUCAUCUACAUUGCAAUUACAAUGUGCCCGCAAAUCAUAACGACAUAGCCUUGUUGCAUUUGAACUCGAGCAUUGUGCUUAAUGAGAAAACCAAAAUUGUUCCUUUACCUGUAGAGCCCAUGAACGAUGGUGAUGAUGUUCUACUUACUGGUUGGGGUUCCGAAUAUUUGUGGGGAGCGACGCAGCCCAUAUUAAUGAAAGUUAAUUUAAAAUAUGUGGAGCAUAAGCGUUGCAAAAAGAUGCUGAAUUUUGAUCCCGACUUAGAUGUGGGCCAUAUGUGCACGUUUACCCGGGACGGUGAAGGUGCUUGUCAUGGCGAUUCGGGUGGUCCUUUAGUAAGCAACGGUUAUCUGGUGGGCAUCGUUAACUGGGGCCAACCAUGCGCCGUUGGUUAUCCCGAUGCUCAUGCCAGUCCCUAUUUUUAUUUAGAUUGGAUACGUCGAACCAUGAGCCCGAAUAAAAAGUGUUCAUAAACGUUUUUUUAAAUAUAUUUAACAUAAAACAAUUUAAACAAAAUAGUUUAUAAGUACUUUUAAUUAGGUAGAAAAAGUGAAUAAUUGUAAAUUUAUUAAGCAAAUAAACGCCCGGAGUAGUAGAUGAAGAGAGUGGGAGAACAGCAAUGAACUCGUUGAAAAAUUAGAAAAUUUAAAAAAAACCCGUUAAAUAUAUUUGGAUUUUGAA